GACAGAGGGAGGAACGUAAAAAUGGAGAACCCGAUUAUCUUGAUAAAAAGCAGUGAAGAAGAGGAAGAUAAAGAAGAAGGAACAAUAAAAUGGAGAUCGAAGGUUGAAGAGUACAGAAUGAUUUCUGAUCUGAGUGGCUCUGAGAACUUGAAAGCAAUGAUGGAGGCGGAGGGUUCAGCGAGUAGAAAGAAAAGAAAAAGGGCUAAGAAGAGGAGACACGGUGCGUUUUGUGAAGAUGAGCAUAGAAUUAUUUCUGAUUUGAGUGACUUUCACAACCUUACAGCUAUGAUAGAAGCUGAGGCUCUCAUGAGAAGAAACAAGAUGGAGAAGAAGAGGAAGCUUGAGUCUUGUGAUCAACAGGAUGUCACUGUCAAUGCUGGAAAGGAGACAGAGCAGCUAGGCAAAAAUGAAGCUGUGCAAAUGAUUGAAGCUUCAAAACCAGGAUCAGUCCAGGUGUUAGAUAUUAAUGAACCCCAAAAUUUUGUGAUUGAUAAUGCAAUUGAAAAAGAGGAUGCAGGCACGAUUACAUCUGUGGAAACCACGAAGGUUGAAGAGUACAGAAUGAUUUCUGAUCUGAGUGGCUUUGAGAACCUGAAAGCAAUGAUGGAGGCGGAGGGUUCAGCGAGGAGAAAGAAGAGAAAUAGAGCUAAGAAGAGGAGAAGUGGUGUGUUCUGUGAAGAUGAGUAUAGAAUUAUUUCUGAUUUGAGUGACUUUCACAACCUUAAAGCUAUGAUAGAAGCUGAGGCUCCCAUGAGAAGAAACAAGAUGGAGAAGAAGAGGAAGCUUGAGUCUUGUGAUCAACAGGAUGUCACUGUAAAUUAUGCAAAGGUGAUAGAGCAGCUAGGCAAAAAUGAAGCUAUGGAAAUGACUGAAGCAUCAAAACCAGGAUCAGGUCAGGUGUUAGAUAUUAAUGAACCCCAAAAUUUUGUGGUAAGUUGAACUGUUAACAUGUGCUUUCUAUAUAUAACAUCUUCAGCUGGGUUCUGGGCAUUCCUUUUCUUUUGAGCUAUAUGCAUGGGUAGAGAAUUGCUCAGUAUCACCCCCAAAAAAAAAAAAUUUGCCUAAUUGUAAAGUUCCAAAAGUACGAUUAAUCCCUAGGUUUAAAAUCACUACUUGUAUACAUGGUAUUGGGACGUAAUUUACAAAAAAAAUCUAGUCUUAGUAAGAGGGGGGAGGGUUAAGGAUUUAAUGGGUGUGAGAUAUCGCAUUGUUUGAGGAACCCUAGAUGCUAUUGGAGAAAGGACCGUCUACAAGCUGUUCUAGUGUGUUGUAGAUUCGUAUCCAAGACUUGUAUCAUUUGAUAAUGCUGUGUGAAUCGCUAGAAACAGGUGAAGCGUAUGGCUAAUAUGACAAGGAAAGUUUUGUAAGGGAACUGGUGUUAUUUUGGUGGAGGUUGUAGGUUUAGUAUUAUUUUGUAUUUUUGGCUAAAAGAAAGGAGUUGCAAACUUAUAUGUUCAAUGAGCUCUAAAUUGGAUACCAUUUCCGAAUGUUUGGUAGUGUAUAAUAUCUCAAAUAUGUGGCCUCUAAGGGAGUUGAAUCUCUACCUAUGAGUUGAAAUCAAAGGCCUUAACCUCUGAAUCAAUUC